AUGCUACCAUCCGUCCAAAAAAAUAUAGAAGAGAAGGAUUCUUCGGAGUCGCGGUCAGACACCGAAUCUUCCGAGACACAUCAAAUUGCCAGCUUCAAUUCAGACGCCCUGUGCCCUCAUGGACGGCUCGUGAACCAAUCGCGCUUGCAUUGUCUUCCUCAGACACUAUGGUGUCGCAUUGAAGCCCUCUUUUCAGAGCCCAUCUCCAUGCUGCCAGUCAACCCUCCACUGUCGGAUUCCUCAGAGCUAUCGGGCAAAAUACGCUCCAGCAAGAGGCGAGCCGCCGAUGCGGUCACGACACGCGUCGAGUGUGAUAGCGAUGCCGUUGGUGGUUUGGGUGGCCGAUCAGCUCCAUUCUCGGUCACCACACUGGCUAGAAAUAUACGCAUUAUCGGCCCUACAGACAGAUCCUCUUCCUAUACCUGUAGUGAUGUUGCUAGUACUACCACCUUUUCCACUCCAAGGCCUCCGAUACCUGGUAUUCUCACCUUUCCUUGUGCGGAGGCUCAUGGUCAAGUCUGGAUGCCUGGGACAUGUGUACACUGCUCCGCGGCCCAACAGGACCUCUGCCAGCGGGCUGUUGUCGAAUGCCAGCAUCUGGCGGCUCUGGCGGGGCAAGGUCUCGUUGCUGCCAUCGCAGCAGCCGCACAACCAGUUCAGGGCCAACAGGCACCUAUUUCAACAGUUGAAGCCAUUACGAAUGCCUCUUGUCUAGUCGGUGGACGCCUAGAAAAUAGCAAAAGUGAGGCUGGCACUGGUUUUGGCAACGGCUCAACUGUUGAGGGAUUGGAAGAAAUCUGUGGCCAGUAUACUGGACCGGUGUUUUCAACUAACAGGGGCUCCAUCAUGACUCUGGCCAGCGGUAAUGAAGCGGAUUGUGGCUUUGAGACGCGAGAUUGCAGAAUCUCCUCUCAAAGCUCUAAUUUCCGUGUAUCAGCGUGUGUAAAUGAUUUUGCCUCAAAUAAAUCCGAUCGAGACCUUGAUUCACGCUUUAUGAAAUCCAGUCCACUUCGCUGUCUUACUGGCAAGCUUGCCUCAAUAAAAUUUAGCAAUACUCCGAAUUCUCCACCUCCAAAUCCACUUUCAAGGAGCAAGGGACAUCUUUCCGAGCCACUACAGAGUGUGGCUAGUUCUAAAUCAUAUCCCAGCAUCACUGCUAGUGUCAAUCCCAAUCCUGUCUACCUUCUGCCUAUCGAAUUUAUUCUCCAGUGGCGUCGGUUCUUACGCACACCUUCUCCAGACACUCUGCCUGACUCUCCACUCGCUUCGGCACUUGACUCUCCACACGUACUCUGCGAGCACGACAGAGUAAAUACUUCUUCAUUGCUUUAUACCCAUUUCUAG